AAUGCAACACUUGGAUGGAAUACCGAACUGCUACAGCAAGCAUUUCCAGCGUUUUCUAGAAACAACUUCAUUCUUCUCUUUCUCUCUAUCUAUUCAUUCACGUUUGGGAGAUAGAAAAGGUAAGGGAAAAUCCAAAGAAAGAAAGGAAACGGAAUAAUUCGAUACCCCUCUCGUCUCGUAACUAACCAUGGCAGCGUUCCGAUGGAAGAGCUUCGAGGAGAAUGAGGAUCGCCCAGCCAAGCCUCGUCAUUUUGGCGUCACCGAGAUUCAAAGCCCCCACUGCACUCUCUUCUCCCACAACCUUCUUCAGGAUAUUUUUGAAUCUAUGGGAGACUAUGUAGAUGGGUUAAAGUUUUCUGGAGGUUCUCACAGCAUGAUGCCAAAGGCUACUAUCAAGCAAAUCAUUGACAUGGCCCAUCAGCAUGACGUGUAUGUUAGCACGGGUGAUUGGGCUGAGCACAUGAUUAGCAAAAGUCCAUCAGGUUUCAAGGAAUAUGUAGAGGAAUGCAAGCAGUUGGGGUUUGACACAAUUGAGCUCAAUGUGGGAUCGCUUGAGAUUCCUGAAGAAACCUUUUUGAGAUUUGUCCGCUUGGUCAAAAGUGGUGGUCUCAAAGCUAAGCCUCAUUUUCAAGUGAAGUUUAAUGAGUCUGAUAUUCCCAAAGGUGGUGACAGGGCUUAUGGGGCUUAUAUUCCCCCUGUACCUAGAUCAUUUGAAUUGGUAGAAGAUGUGAAUCUCUUGAUCAGAAGGGCUGAGAGAUGUCUGGAAGCAGGUGCAGACAUGAUAAUGAUUGAUGCUGAUGAUGUCAGCAAACAUGCUGAUAACAUGCGUGCAGACAUCAUUGCCAAAAUCAUAGGGCGCCUUGGUAUUGAGAAGACUAUGUUUGAAGCAUCAAAUCAGAGAAUAUCGGAGUGGUUCAUCAAACAAUAUGGUCCAAAGGUGAACCUCUUUAUUGAUCAUUCGAACGUGGUGGAUGUGGAGUGCCUCAGGGGGCGCAACUUGGGUAGAAAUCUUGCUUCUUUCCUUGGUGCUUCAGAUUUCCUGUUCUGAAGUGAGGGAAUUUUCGUAUAGCACCAAGUGGGGUUGAUUUGUUUGUGCAUAAUGCAAAGACUUGAGGUUUGCCAUGUGUGUUACAGUUAGUGUGUUACAUAUUUCCUUUAGUGAUUGAAGAUUGGAAAAUUUUAAAUGGAGAGACUGAAAUAAAUGAAACAUAUUUCAUGAAAUUUAUUUCCCUUCUUGAA